AUGACAGCGCCGCCACCGCCGCUUGUUGAACUUCCAGCCGGAUCUACAGUUGAGCGUUGGACAAUCGUAAAGAAGCUUGGUGAAGGUGGUUGCGGAGCGGUGUACCUAUGCAGUGAUCCUACUGGAAAGUACGCGUUGAAGGUUGAGGGCAUCAGCGAGCAAAUGCAGGUGCUCAAAAUGGAGGUGCUCGUGCUCGCCGAGCUCACCAAACGCGGUAGUCGACACUUCUGCAAAAUCGAGGACAAAGGACGCUACGGCAACUUCAAUUAUGUGGUGAUGACGCUCGUCGGCAAAUCGCUUCAGGACCUCCGCAAAGGCACACCGCAACAAUCAUUGAGUCUCGCGUGCUCGCUGAGCUGCGGUGUUCAGGCGCUCGAGGCGCUCGAGGACCUCCACAACAUUGGCUAUUUGCAUCGCGACGUCAAACCCGGCAACUACACAAUCGGCCGAAUGGAGCUCAACGAGCUUCGCAAGGUCUACAUUCUCGAUUUCGGAAUGGCGCGCAAGUUCACCGACAACAAUGGUGUGAUUCGAAAGCCGCGAGCCGCCGCCGGUUUUCGCGGAACAGUGAGAUACGCGCCGAUCGCGUGCCACAAGCAGAUCGACCUCGGCAGGAAGGACGACAUCGAGACAUGGAUGUACAUGCAAGUCGAAUUGACAGUGGGCCGUGUGCCAUGGAAAGAGAUCACCGACAUGAACGCGGUCGGUCAGGCGAAGAUAGCAAUUCGCAAUAAUCUCGACAAAAUGUUUGUCCAUCCGUGCCCGUCGAACGAAUUCAAGCAGAUCCUCCAAAUGAUUGAUAGUUGGGACUAUUUCGCCGAUCCCAGAUAUGAAGACAUUUAUCGACUGAUGAAACAAGCGCUGCAGAAUUGCGGCAAACCAGAGUUCCCGUAUGAUUGGGAGCCUGGAAUGCCGCUUCAUUACAUGGUCAAAUAA